CUAAAUUUCAGCAAAAUCCGUUGUGAAGAUAAGGUUCAAUCUGCAACUGUCUUAAUUUGACAGUUGACACCUGUCAUUAGCGGUCUAAAACCUUCUUAUUAUUAUUGCCUUUCAUAUUAAACAUUAAACUGGUUUGAGGCACAUCGAUCGGAUAGUUUCAAAGUCUAUAUAUAACGGACAUAGGUAGACACACAGACAGACAGACAGACAGAAACAAUUUUUGUGUUUUAUUCCUCUAUUUAUUAGUAACAGAAAAUUACUACCUACAAAAAUACAUAACUAUUUACCUAUUUAUUUUUUUUUUAAAUUAUAAAAUAUUCCUAUUCUAUGGUAGGUAUAUGUAUAAUAAGUACCUAUAUAAAACACAGGCAUUUAAUUUGUUAAACAAAAGACAACUUGGCAACGCAGCCUAGCAAAUACGCGUGCAUUUAGUGCCUCAAAUUAAUUUAAUCGCAGAAACGACUGAUUUUACUAGGACACUAGCGCCAUCACGCAGGUUUAUAUUUUCGCCGCCGGACGGUUCUUCUAGAGACGUUAGUCUAUAAUAUUCUUUGGUUCUUAUUACUACACUAAAAACAUUGAACGUGUAGUUAUUAAAAUUAAUAAAAAGUUAAUAAAAUCUAUCAGUAUUGAAAUGUAAGAGAAAUCUUUUUAAGGUUAACAAGAAAGCACAGGUGCUGUUGGCGUUGGUCUACGUUGGAAAUCCGGUCUGUACGCGGCUUUGGGGCAGGUCUUACAAAACUAUUUUGACAAAAUCCUGUUCAGUAAAGGUUCGUCAAAGAAAAUUCAAUAUUUAUUUAUCCGAAUAAAUAAAUUAAAUGCUAAAACAUAAUUGUAUCAUAACAGUUGUUAUCGCAAAUCGCUAUUCAAGAAAAAUAAUGUGUUUAAGUAAACAAAAAAUGCAAAAACCUAUGAAAACACAUACAUAAUCGCAGUCAUUUUCGUUAAAACAAACACACAUCACAUAUGUUUGAUCCAUGCCGCCAUUUUAAAUCGAUUUUUUGAAAGGUUGUUGCACUGCCGUAUAGAUGGCGCCACAAAAAAGAUUUUCAAUUUCUACGAUUUUCGUAAGAAAACUGCAGCCGUCCCACAGUCAAAAACUGAAAGUGAGGUUAUGUUAGUUUAUUGACAUUGUGCUUUUCAUCAGGUUAUAAUUUAGAAUUUUAUUGUUUUUUUGGGUAAAUUCUGAUGGAAAACGGCCACGGUAGCACUAAUUGCGCCUCAGCAGUACCUGAAAUAAAACGGGAAGUACCUAAUAUCCUGGUGACGGGUACUCCGGGCGUUGGCAAGUCCACUUUGUGCGCUAAACUGGCCGAAAUCACUGAAAUGCGAUGGCUGGAAAUUUCCAAAAUCGCCAUAGAAAACGGUUGUUUGGAGGAGUACGAUGAGGUAUACAAAUGUCCAGUUCUGGAUGAAGACAAACUAAUGGACGGCCUGGAAGAAAUAAUGCGCCAUGGAGGCAACAUCGUUGACUAUCACAGUUGCGAAUUUUUCCCAGAACGCUGGUUUGAUGCGGUUUACGUUCUCAGAGCCGACACCGCAACACUUUACGACAGACUGAAAGCUAGAGGCUACGAAGGCAAAAAGCUGGAGGAUAAUAUUGACUGUGAAAUAUUUCAAGUGAUUCUGGAGGAGGCUAAAAGCUCCUACAAGGAGGGGAUUGUGUUUGAAAUAACUAGCCUCACUGAAGCACAGCUACAUGAAAAUAUUGAAAAAAUUUGCUUGUGGGUUCAAAAAUGGUUUCAAGACCACCCAACAUAAAAAAAAACUUUGUUUAUUUAUUAAAAAUAUAUUACAACUUACCGUAACCUAUUCAUUAUAUCCAUUCCAGCCUGAUGCCUUACACAACUGGUAACAUAAUCCAAAGGAAUUUGCUUCUUUUUCUUGCACUCUUUUUUGAUUUCUUGCACAGUGUGGUCGUCCCUUAAUACAUAAGGACAUUGCUCCUUACAAGUCUUCAACAUUUUCUCAAUCAUUACCUAAGAGUGUGUCAGAUAAAUAAACACCAAAAAAUCUACAGUUUAUUUACCUGUAUACUAUCACAAACGCUAUUAUAAAUAUCACCAGAAACUUGCUGUAGCUUCUCUUCAACCGGAUGCUUAUCAUUCCGAUGUUGAGCCACCUCUUGCAGCCUUAUCAGCAACUGUUUGCAAUUUUCCGCAUCUUGUAUAACAUCAUUGGCGUGAUUGAUGUCAUUGUGAGGCGCUAUCGAGUCGGUACCCAAUGAUUUGAUGGCGUCUUGCGUUUGAGUCACCAGCCUUUCAAGCGCUUGCUGUUUCGAGGUGAGCAAAAAUCCUGGUUGCAUCGAAGUGUGUUUGGUGGCUUGUUGCUUGAAAGCCACGUUUCUAUUGAGCAAAUCUUGAAUUUUGCGCAUUACUGUAUCAGUGCGUUCUGUUGAGGCUUUCAUGCAAGGAGCAACAUCGAAAAUAGGGAAUGGUAUAUAUGUUAAUGUCCUGAAAUUAGGUUUUUCGUUUUGAAAAAUCGUAACUACAAUGUUAAAUCUUUACCUAUUGCUCUCCAACGCAUAAGCCAAAUCAUGGUAACCUUGCAAACUAAUAUUAUUCCUAUCCAAAAUGAUUGUUUUUAAUUUGCUGUUUAUCUGUAAGGCUUUCGCCAAUAAUCUAGCACCAGAGUCUCCUAUAAGGUUUCCACUAAUAUCUUCAAAAAAAAAAACUAUUGAAAUCAUGUUUUAAAAUAAAAAAUCCUCACCUAAUAAUUCCAAAGACUUAUUAUCACCUAGAGCGUUCAAAAGAUUAAACAAAUCGCCCCUUAAUCGACAAUCUGGAAUGAUGAGACUUUGCAAAAUACAUUCGUCGUCUUGUAUUAUUUGAACGACAGAGUCCAUUAUCAGGGACAUGUGUUUUUUCAUGCUCCUACCCAUGUUGAGAUGCUUCAAGGACUUAUUUUUACUUAUAGCUAAGACUACGUUGCACAAAUCCG